GAAGUUGUGUGUCAGUGAUCAGUCACCUGCACUGAGAGCACAACACAAUGUCUUUUCGAGACUUUCAAACCAUUGUUAAAGGAGAAGCUUCUGAAACCGAUGAUGAAGAAGAGAUGUAUGUGACAUCUGUCCCAGUGAGUGCCUCAUCUGGAGCUUGUGGUGUGAAAGUCCAAGGAGAGGCUUCAGAGACGGAUGACGAGGAAGACAUUGUUAAGGACAGAAAUGAAAUACAUUCCAAGAGGCUGGAAAAGGAGCUCCCUCCUCUGGUAGUCAUCAGAAACGAGGGAGAGACUUCUCCGGUGGCUUUGGAGGAAAAACCACUUGUGAAUAUACAGCAGCUGGGUCGCUACAGCACUUUAUUACAGCAGAAACUUCUUGAAAGUAACGCACGGCUGUACCAUGAUGUCAAUAACACCAUACGACAGGUCUAUCAUACAACUACCAGUGAGAUCCGGACUUUGACUAGUCAGCUUAACAACUCACAAAACGGGAUCAUCAAUGCAUCUCACAACAUCCGGCUUGCCCUUGAAGACUUAAAAGGGGUGUCUGAGAAGAUUGACAUCAUAACCAGCUGUAACCUACUACCUGAUAUCAAGAUCUGACUGUACAGGAAUGUUUCGUUAAUGUAAUGGAUCAAAGAAAACGUGCAUC